GUUUUCAUCCUCAACUACAAGACCGAAACACAAGAAACAACCCGGAAGAUUCAAUCUGUUCGCUUACACGUCCAUCUAGUCGCAAGACAUAGAGAACAACAAAAUGACUGAAGAGAAAUCUCAAGAGUCGAAGGGCUCCGGCGAAUCUCCGGCAGACGUUUCGGACGUUGUCACCAGUCGAGUCCUUUCGUCGGAGGCCGAUUCUACGUCCCAAGACACCAACAAUCAGUCCGCCCAAACAGACUCUGGCCAGAUCACGGGACCGAAACUCUACGUGCUGCUCGUCUCCUUAUACCUUUCCGUUUUUUGCCUCGCCAUGGAUAAAACCAUGCUGUCGCCGGCGCUUGGCGCCAUCACGUCCGAGUUCGGGACGGUCAAGGACGUGGGCUGGUAUACUUCCUCGUAUUUUUUGUCAACCGCGGCGGUUCAGCCCUUGUACGGCACCAUCUACAAGUCCUUCAACACCAAAUGGAACUACAUGACGGCGAUUGUGGUCUUCGAGAUCGGGAGUCUGAUGGCCGCCCUGGCGUCGACGAGCAGCCUUCUGAUCUUGGGCCGUGCCAUCUGCGGGCUGGGCGACGCGGGCAUAGCCUCCGGGACAUAUGUGAUUCUGGCCAAAACCCUACCUAUACAUAAGAGGGCCGUCUUCUUCGGCUUGCUUGGCGCCGUUUGGGGAAUUGCGAGCAUCCUUGGGCCACUGCUUGGCGGCUUCUUCGCCGACCACCUUACCUGGCGCUGGUGCUUCUGGAUCAACCUACCCAUUGGAGGCGUGGCCUUUCUGGUGGUCGCCUUCGUCUUGUCCGCAUCCGAACACUCUGGCCACCAGAGCAAAGAAAGAAAGACUGUUCUCUCGCGCGUCCGUCAACUUGAUUUCGCGGGCACGGCUACGCUCUUACCAGGCGUCGUCAUGCUGCUUCUCGCCAUGCAAUGGGGUGGCACCGAGUUUCCUUGGUCUUCGCCCACCAUUAUAGGCCUCUUCGCGGGUUCCGGCGUGCUUUUGUUGCUAUUCGCCUGGAUUCAACAUCGAGCUCAGGACAGUGGUCUGUUGCCGCCUAGAUUCUUCAAAAACAGAGACGUUUGCAGCGCCAUCUUCUUCAGCCUGUUUUUCGGUGCUAGUUACCUUGCAACCAUCCCAUAUCUCUCCAUCUUUUUCCAAGCCAUCCAGAACGCCUCGGCUGUCAACGCCAGUCUCCAUCUUCUGCCUCUCUCCAUCUCGUCCGUUUUAAGCUCCAUCCUCACCGGCAUUCUAAUCGGCAUUUUGGGCAAUUACAAUGUCAUCAUCCUCGUUGACUUCGCGCUGAUGUGUGUCGGGCUUGGCCUCAUCACCACCUUCUCGCUGGACACUCCCAUGAGCCAUUGGUUUCCCUUCGAAAUCAUCUUGGGAUUGGGCGUCGGCGUGGGCUUCCAGGCCGGGCAGGUGGUCGUGCAGAAUUCCUUGCCAUUCCAUCUACUAUCCCAAGCCAUGUCCAAUGUGCAAUUCUUCAUGUCCCUAGGCGGUGCUGUGUCCGUUUCCGCGUCACAGGCAGCUUUCCAGAACGGCGUAGUCAAGGCUAUGGCGCGUGCUGUUCCGCAAGUGAGCCCUUCCGUCGUGCUCAACGCAGGCGCAUCCAAGUUGCAGCAGACGCUCGAGAGUCUGGGUCUGUCAUCGGACGAUGUCACAGCCAUCCGACAGGGCUAUAUGACCGGACUGAGGAACACUUACUACAUUGUCACUGCAAUGGCCGGAUGCGCGUUUCUUGCAGCGCUCGGUCUGCGAUGGAAACGCCUGCCUAAAGCCGCGUCUAAACCCCCGGCCAAAGCCUAGGCUUCAAUACGGUGAGUAUAACAUAGUAAUAUGCACUAUAGUAUCAAGCCUUUGAAGAAUCUACUGGAGGGUUAAGUCUGUCUCAUGCCAAGAUGGGGUGGUGUGCCUACCAAUCGAUCGCUGCAGCUUACUGUAGGUCUUUUGGUAAAGGAAGCCGGUUUGUUAGUGGCUGGAUAGUGCAGCAUAGGAUAUAAUAC